GGGUCAACGUUCAAAGUCUGUUUGGUGCGACUGACUGAUCAGUUUGAACAUAGGAGCCAUAGAGGGCGACGUGUACAUAAUCAGUCUAAUCAGGGCCCGUCAGUCAACGCUAAGUCAACUAAUCUCCGUCACCUGCCGUGAACACGAUUGUCCUGACUCACAAGACCUGAUCGCGGCGAUGCAGCGAUCGGCGGCAAUUUCUUUGACCUGUUUAAUUUCUACAGCAGUCUUGAUCAAGUCCUCUCCGCCAGAGGUUGGAUUCACGUUGGCAAACUCUGUUCAAAUUAUGGCACUCAGUCCUGGAGAUCCUAAUUCUUAUUCUCGACCGGAUUUAGCUGUUGUUACGCAUACGAAUCUGAAACUCAGUGUUGAUUUUGAUGCAAAAAUAUUACGGGGGUGGGCUACCUUGUAUGUCAAAAAAUGUGGCAUUACCGAUGAACUGAUUUUGGAUCAUAAAGGAUUAAACAUUUCAUCCAUUUUGAAUGAUGCUGAUGAUACUGCUUUACAAUAUGUGCUGGGAGAAGCUGUUGAAUACGGGGAAAAACUCAGCAUAAAAUUGCCACAAUCGGAGUCCAGCAAUAAUACGUAUAAAAUAAGGAUACACUAUGAGACAUCUCCGAAUGCCAGUGCACUGCAGUGGCUUCAGCCUGAACAAACUGCAGGUGGUGAUUAUCCAUUCCUGUUUUCACAAUGCCAGGCGAUUCAUGCACGGUCCAUGGUUCCAUGCCAAGAUACUCCAUCUGUGAAGUCAACAUAUAGUGCUGAGAUAAAAGCACCUGCUAAUCUGACUGUCUUGAUGUCAGCUUUGCGUGAAGAAGUGAUUGAGUCAGAUGGAGCAACCAAUACAUAUAAGUUCAAUCAGCCAGUUCCUAUUCCCAUCUAUCUGCUAGCAAUCGCAGUCGGAAAAUUGGAAUCUCGACAAGUUGGUCCGAGAACACAUGUUUGGGCAGAAGCGGAAUUUAUCGAACAAAGCGCGUAUGAAUUCGCUGAAACGGAAACUAUGUUGAAGACUGCCGAAGACAUCUGUGGCCCUUAUGUUUGGGGAAUUUAUGACUUGCUUAUUCUGCCUCCAAGUUUUCCAUUUGGUGGAAUGGAAAAUCCAUGUUUGACUUUCGUGACACCAACUGUACUAGCUGGAGAUCGGUCCUUGGCUGGUGUGGUAGCACAUGAAAUAUCUCACAGCUGGACUGGCAAUUUAGUGACCAAUGCAAACUUUGAACACUUUUGGCUUAAUGAAGGGUUUACGAUGUUUGUUGAACGCAAAAUAGACGGAAGAAUGUUUGGAGAUAAGUUUCGUGAUUUCUCUGCAAUUGCAGGGCUCAAUUCCCUGAAAGAAGCUAUUGCGACGAUUGGGGAAAAUAAUCAACUGACAAAUCUGGUACCCAGUUUGAUAGGUGUGAACCCAGAUGACGCAUUUUCGGUGGUACCUUAUGAAAAGGGUCACACAUUUUUAUACUACAUCGAACAUCUGCUUGGCGGCCCUCAAGUGUUCGAGCCAUUCCUAAAGUCUUACUUGGAUAAAUUCAAGUAUAAAAGCAUUGUAACAUCAACUUGGAAAGAAUACUUGUAUGAAUACUUCCAUGACAAAGUAGAGGUACUAAAUACUAUUGAUUGGGAAACGUGGCUAUACAAACCAGGAAUGCCCCCUGCAAUUCCAGCUUACGACAAUGCUUUGAUUGAAACUUGUAAACAUCUGACAAAGCAAUGGCUACAGUGGGAUGAAAAUACAAGUUGUCCGUUCAAUAAAUCAGACAUCACAAAUCUCACCUCGAAUCAGAGAAUUGAGUUUUUGGAUGAAUUAUUGUUGGCUGAUGAAAUUCUAUCUCAAAAGAAAUUGGAAACCCUGAAUGAAAAGUACGACUUCGACACAAUCAAAAAUUGUGAAAUCAGGUUCAGAUGGUUACGUCUCUGUUUGAAGGGCCGAUGGAGGGCUAAGGUGACACCUGCACUAACUUUUGUAACAGAGCUAGGGCGUAUGAAAUACGUUCGACCAAUAUUCCGGGAUGUAUAUGCCUGGGAAGAAGUUCGCCAACAAGCCAUUGACACAUUCUUAGCGAACAAAGACAAGAUGAUGUAUGUUAGUGCCUAUACAGUGGCCAAAGAUUUACAUCUUGAUAUCAAUGGUUAAAUUUCACACGCCACUGACAAAAUUGGAAUAUAAUCACCCAUACCCUUUGGAAAGCCUCGGAUGUCACCUCGUACUAUAGGAUUAAGUGCAUAUUUUGAUGUAUAUGUUUUAUAAUAUAUCUUCUACGUCCUUGCUAAUGGAAUUAAAUGUCUCAUUAGAGUCGGUACCUAA